CUGCUGAACUGCCAUGUGUGGCACGCGCACGCAGAGGUAGCAGUUAGCAGGUAGCAGAGGCUGCAGGAGGCUCCGCUCUUCGCUCCUUCAGGUGUUUGCUCCUGUCGGCCUCACGCUGCUUCACCUCCGGAGCAUCUCAGACCCAUGUACUUUGCCAUGAGACGCGUCCUGCCCUGAAGAUCCUUCGAUUCAAUGCAACGACUUCCUUAUCACGUUACAGCAAUGGACCCUCAGGUGUGCCCCCUCCGUAUGGACAGUAGCCAGUCUGUGAUCAGCCUCGACAAGUCCCCCGCCAGCACUUUUAAACCUGGCCACUCACGGAGCAGCAGCACUGGCUCCUCCAAACAUUCAAAGCAGGCUCGUAACUGGGAGGUGCUGGAAGAUAUGCAGCAACUGGAUCUGGGUCUAGUUUCCAGCUCCUCUCUGGACCUUGCUAUCCCUGGGAUCUGUGAGGGCUACUUGAUGAAGAGGAGGAAGUACCCGCUCAAAGGCUGGCACAAGAGAUACUUCCUUUUAGAGAAAGGAAUUCUCAAGUACUCAAAAACACAGCAAGAUAUUCAAAGAGGGAAGCUCCAUGGCUCCCUUGACGUCAGUCUGGCUGUUAUGUCCAUUAACAAGAAGUCCAAACGCAUAGACCUGGAUGCUGGAGACAACCUUUACCAUGUCAAGGCAAAGACCCACGAUAUCUUCUAUAUCUGGUUGACCAAGCUGUGUGCCCAUCGUGUAUUUAGGAAAAACGAGGCGAUGAGUGUCCAUCAUGGCGUUCUUCAUGCUCUCUCCAUGGGCCAGAGUACCCUCCCAGCCAUGGCCACCUUUGCCCAGAAAAGCAGAGCAACACCUCCUCACUAUGCCAGCUCAGCCUCAGUGUACCAAACAGAGAUGGGAAGCCCCGCACCUGCUAUCGCCUCCCACCCCGCAGUGACCAACAAGGUGUCGGCAUGGCUGGAGCAGACCCACAACAUUGAUUCAACCACUAACGACCUGGCUCGCUGUCAGACAGAGCUGACAGAACUGGCUCAGCUAAUCCAGCGACUCCAUUGGCUGGAAGGAGGCCUGCCAAUCACUAACUCAGACCUGGAGAUGCGAAUCAGCAUGCAGAAUAUUUCCCUGGAAAAACCCAAGAAGAAGAGUGGGAAGGGGUUUGGUCACUCCAGGACUUUGUCCCGUGUUGAAGCCAUGGGGGGAAUGUUCACUUCCAGCCACCUGAGCACCAAUCCCAGCUCUGGUUUGGGAGCAUCUGUUCAGUCUAUCCCGAACCACGUCUACUCUCAGCUGUCCAACCCUCAGGUCACUUCACCCGAGGCCAAGAAACUCCACCAGGACAUCUGCACUGUCUCCCAGAGAGUUCAUUCUUCUCUCAGGACCGUUCAUGAGGUUUUAUCCUUGGAAAGAGAGAGACUGAGGCAGGCUUGGAACAGCCCUGACCUGAGGCAGAACACCUCCCACCAGCUUGCUACACUGUGCAGCACACUGUCAGAGCUUGACAUACAGUCACGUCUGACCAAAGUCCACUCGCUUUCCCUGUCCUCUGACUCUACUGACGAAUCCUUCUGCACAGUCCGUCCAGACCAGAGGACACCAUCUAUGGGUCGUCAAGUUCAACGUGCGCCCUCAGUGGCCGAUUCUAUGGCAGAGUAUUUUGACGCCAGUGAAGUGAUCGUGUGCGAGAGCUCAUCAGAGGCUGAGGCUUCGGAUGAGUCUGGCCUGAGUGACAUCACCACCACCAGCAACUCUGAGCCGGAAGAGGGACACACCACUGCCACCCUCAACUACAGAGACAGUCUGAACAACGCUUCUAACGGACCAAGCCAAACGCGCACCGAUACUGGUCGUCGCACCACCAUCCCUGCCCCAGGAGCAGACAACAGCCAAAUUGGAAUCAUGACCAUCCUGUACAACAACAUUGGCAAGGACCUGUCCAGAGUCUCCAUGCCGGUUGCUCUAAAUGAGCCACUGUCUCUGCUGCAGAGACUCAGUGAAGAGCUGGAGUACACAGAGCUGCUAGACAUCGCCAACAGCAUUGACGAUCCUUAUGAGCGAAUGGUUUACGUGGCAACAUUCUCCAUCUCUGGCUACGCCUGGGCGUCCUGGAGGAAUCAUUACAAACCCUUCAAUCCUGUUCUAGGAGAAACAUAUGAGAGUCACAGAGAAGAACGAGGCUUCCAUUUCAUCAGCGAGCAGGUCUCCCAUCACCCACCCAUCUCUGCCUGCCAUGCUGAGUCAGAAAACUUCGCUUUCUGGCAAGAUCAGAGAUGGAAGAACAAGUUUUGGGGGAAAUCAAUGGAGGUCCUCUCUAGCGCACUGGUCAACGUUGCCCUGCCCAAGUAUGGGGAUCACUAUGAAUGGAACAAGGUAGUGACAUGUAUCCACAAUGUGCUGAGUCAGCAGCGCUGGUUGGAACACUAUGGUGAGGUGGUCAUCAAAAACACAAAGAGCGACGUCUGCACCUGCAAGAUCACCUUCGUCAAGUCUCGAUACUGGAGCUCAGAAAACAGUAAGAACGAGGUGCAGGGUGUGGUUCUGGACCGGGCUGGAGAGGUGGUCCAUCGCUUUGGAGGCCUCUGGCAUGAAGGCAUCUUCUGCGACACCCUUCCUACACCAAAGUGCAUCUGGAAGCCCAACGUGCAGCCUGAUGAUCACGCCCAGUUUUAUGGCUUCUCACAUUACGCCAGAGAGCUAAACGAACUGACACCUGAGCUGAAGGCUGUUCUUCCACCCACUGACGCACGCUUCAGACCAGACCAGAGGCUUCUGGAGAAUGGCGAAGUGGCAAAGGCAGAUAAAAAGAAGGAUGAGGUGGAGGAGAAGCAGCGGGAGAGGAGGAAGGAAAUGGUCAAGAUGGGGGAGGAGCACAUCCCCAAGUUUUUCAGGAAAACUCUCGAUGAGGCCGGCAGAGAAGUGUGGCUGCACAACGAUACAUACUGGAAGCUCCGCAAAGACCCAGGUUUCUCCAACAUGGAGAACCUGGACCUGUGGUAGGACACUGCACCUGGUGUUAAGUGAGACUCAGUCAAACCAGCCAGCCGCUAAAAUGAGAUGAGUAUGUGAAGGCAGCCCUCUAUUGGUAAAAACGACUAUUUGUGUUCAUGUUAGUGCCUGAAUAUACUGUAAAGUGAACGGUGUAGAGGAGAGGGAUGUAAGAACGCAUACGUCAACCUCUCAUCGAGGUGAGGUGCCGCAGUUGAACAAAUGAAGACUGAUUCAGAUUUUGCCGGAUGUCUUUGCAGCCUUUCGCCUACCUCUAGCAAUAACAGUAACUAUGAUCAUUCACAAUUCAAACACAAAUCUUAACUUAAAAUCCACUUUAAAAUUGAAUCACUGCCCUCCAGAAAAAUGUUGUUAGAAUUGUUGAGUUUCCCUGUCAGGACUGAGGCCUCAUCAUGUAAAGUUCUUGUAUCAUAUUUGUGGGGGAAAUGCCAUAGUUUGUUACACCAUUUUAUUCGUUUUAACAUUUCUAUAAAAAUAGUAGUCGGGCUCUUUUCGUAUGACAGAGUUCAGAAAGAAAUUCAGAUGCAUAUUUUCCUGCUGAGGACUCCAGAACAAUUGGAGGACUAAUCGGGUGCUUGUGGUGUAUGUUAUAGGUGAACUGGUGCUGUCCUGCUUCUUUUUUCAGUGAGUCUUAAUGUGUAAACUCCUAUUGAUUUGUAAAAAUGGUGCGUAUUGUAUUCUCUGAUGUUUAGUUGUGGCACAUCGGUUACAUAAAUUUGACAGCUAACUAUUCUUAGUUGAUGCAAUGAAAUAUUUUUUUAUUGAUGUUUCAACAAUGGAUUUUAAUAAGGAAAAGAGACUACUGUUUAAUCAAAUAUUUUUUUCUUUGGUUUUGUUUCAAAUAAAAAAUUCCAUAAUCAA